CCCUCUGCCCGCCUCCGGCCCGCGGCGGCCCGGUGUCCUCGCGCUGCCGGUCCGCGAGCGUUCUGGCAGUUUGCCUCUUCCUCCUUCGUCCUCCAGCUCGGGUCCAUGGCCACCGCCGCCACUGAGGAGCCCUUCCCUUUCCACGGUCUUCUGCCGAAGAAAGAGACCGGGGCCGCCUCCUUCCUGUGCCGCUACCCGGAGUAUGACGGGCGCGGGGUGCUCAUCGCCGUCCUGGACACCGGGGUCGAUCCCGGGGCUCCGGGCAUGCAGGUUACAACUGAUGGAAAACCAAAAAUCAUUGAUAUCAUUGAUACCACAGGAAGUGGUGAUGUGAAUACUGCUACAGAAGUAGAACCAAAAGAUGGUGAAAUUAUUGGUCUUUCUGGAAGAGUGCUUAAGAUUCCUACAAGCUGGACAAAUCCUUCGGGAAAAUAUCAUAUUGGCAUUAAAAAUGGCUAUGACUUCUAUCCAAAGGCUCUCAAAGAAAGGAUACAGAAAGAACGGAAGGAAAAAAUCUGGGAUCCAAUUCACAGAGUUGCGCUUGCAGAAGCUUGUAGAAAACAAGAAGAAUUUGAUAUUGCCAACAAUGGCUCUUCCCAAGCCAAUAAAUUAAUCAAAGAAGAGUUGCAAAGUCAAGUGGAAUUACUUAAUUCUUUUGAGAAAAAGUAUAGUGAUCCAGGCCCUGUGUAUGACUGCUUGGUGUGGCAUGAUGGUGAGACCUGGAGAGCCUGUGUUGAUUCAAAUGAAAAUGGAGACUUGAGUAAAUCUACUGUAUUGAGAAACUACAAAGAGGCCCAAGAAUACGGCUCUUUUGGCACAGCUGAGAUGUUGAAUUAUUCUGUUAAUAUUUAUGAUGAUGGAAACCUACUCUCCAUUGUGACCAGUGGAGGAGCUCAUGGAACCCAUGUAGCAAGUAUAGCUGCCGGGCAUUUUCCAGAGGAGCCUGAACGGAAUGGUGUUGCUCCUGGUGCUCAAAUUCUAUCCAUUAAGAUUGGUGAUACAAGGCUGAGCACCAUGGAAACAGGCACAGGUCUCAUUAGAGCUAUGAUAGAAGUUAUAAAUCAUAAGUGUGAUCUUGUCAACUACAGUUAUGGAGAAGCAACUCACUGGCCAAAUUCUGGGAGAAUUUGUGAAGUAAUUAAUGAAGCAGUAUGGAAACAUAAUACAAUUUAUGUAUCGAGUGCUGGAAAUAAUGGUCCAUGCCUUUCUACAGUGGGUUGUCCAGGUGGAACUACAUCCAGUGUGAUAGGUGUUGGAGCUUAUGUUUCUCCUGAUAUGAUGGUUGCAGAGUAUUCACUGAGAGAGAAAUUACCUGCAAAUCAAUACACAUGGUCUUCUAGAGGCCCAAGUGCUGAUGGGGCCCUUGGUGUGAGCAUCAGUGCACCAGGAGGGGCCAUUGCUUCUGUGCCUAACUGGACAUUGAGGGGGACUCAGCUAAUGAAUGGGACAUCAAUGUCUUCCCCCAAUGCCUGUGGGGGCAUUGCCCUGGUACUUUCAGGUCUGAAAGCAAAUAAUAUUGAUUAUACUGUUCACUCAGUCAGAAGAGCUCUAGAAAAUACUGCAAUAAAAGCUGACAAUAUAGAAGUAUUUGCCCAAGGACAUGGAAUUAUUCAGGUUGACAAAGCCUAUGACUACCUCGUUCAGAAUACAUCAUUUGCUAACAAAUUAGGUUUUACAGUUACAGUUGGAACUAACCGUGGCAUCUACCUCCGAGAUCCUGUUCAGGUGGCUGCUCCUUCAGAUCAUGGUGUUGGCAUUGAGCCUGUAUUCCCAGAGAACACAGAAAACUCUGAAAAAAUAUCCCUUCAGCUUCAUUUAGCUUUAACUUCAAAUUCGUCUUGGGUUCAGUGCCCCAGCCAUUUGGAACUCAUGAAUCAGUGUCGGCACAUAAAUAUACGUGUGGAUCCCAGGGGCUUAAGAGAAGGGUUGCAUUAUACAGAGGUAUGUGGCUAUGAUAUAGCAUCCCCCAAUGCAGGUCCUCUAUUCAGAGUUCCAAUCACUGCAGUUAUAGCAGCAAAAAUAAAUGAGUCAUCACAUUAUGAUCUAGCUUUUACAGAUGUACAUUUUAAACCUGGUCAGAUUCGAAGACAUUUUGUUGAGGUUCCUGAGGGUGCAACUUGGGCUGAAGUUACUGUGUGUUCAUGUUCUGCUGAGGUAUCAGCAAAGUUUGUUCUGCAUGCAGUACAGCUGGUGAAGCAGAGAGCAUAUCGAAGUCAUGAAUUUUAUAAGUUUUGUUCCCUUCCAGAAAAAGGAACACUGGUUGAAGCCUUUCCUGUCCUGGGUGGGAAAGCAAUUGAAUUUUGUAUUGCUCGUUGGUGGGCAAGUCUCAGUGACGUCAAUAUUGAUUAUACCAUAUCAUUCCAUGGGAUAGUGUGUACUGCGCCACAGUUAAACAUUCAUGCAUCUGAAGGAAUCAAUCGUUUUGAUGUUCAGUCAUCCUUAAAGUAUGAAGAUCUGGCUCCUUGCAUUACUUUGAAGAGCUGGGUCCAAACACUGCGCCCAGUAAGUGCAAAAACCAGACCUUUAGGAUCAAGAGAUGUUUUGCCAAAUAAUCGCCAACUUUAUGAGAUGGUUCUGACAUACAACUUUCAUCAGCCUAAAAGUGGAGAAGUAACACCUAGUUGUCCACUUCUUUGUGAAUUGUUAUAUGAGUCAGAAUUUGACAGCCAACUGUGGAUUAUUUUUGACCAGAACAAAAGACAGAUGGGCUCAGGCGAUGCCUAUCCACAUCAGUAUUCUUUGAAACUGGAGAAAGGAGAUUAUACAAUUCGACUACAGAUUCGUCAUGAGCAAAUCAGUGAUUUGGAUCGUCUUAAAGAUCUUCCAUUUAUUGUUUCUCAUAGGUUGUCUAAUACCUUGAGCUUAGAUAUUCAUGAAAAUCAUAGCCUUGCACUUCUAGGAAAGAAGAAAUCAAGCAGUUUGACAUUACCACCCAAAUAUAACCAGCCAUUUUUUGUUACUUCCUUACCUGAUGAUAAAAUACCUAAGGGGGCAGGACCCGGAUGCUACCUUGCAGGCUCCUUGACAUUGUCAAAGACUGAGCUUGGAAAGAAAGCUGGGCAGUCUGCAGCAAAACGACAAGGAAAAUUUAAAAAGGAUGUGAUCCCUGUUCAUUACUAUCUAAUUCCUCCACCAACAAAGACGAAGAAUGGCAGCAAAGAUAAAGAAAAAGAUUCAGAAAAAGAGAAAGAUCUGAAAGAAGAGUUUACUGAAGCAUUGAGAGAUCUUAAAAUUCAGUGGAUGACGAAGCUCGAUUCUAGUGACAUUUACAAUGAAUUGAAAGAAACGUACCCUGCUUACCUUCCUCUGUAUGUUGCACGGCUUCACCAAUUGGAUGCUGAAAAGGAACGAAUGAAAAGACUUAAUGAGAUCGUCGACGCUGCCAAUGCUGUUAUUUCUCACAUUGAUCAAACUGCCCUAGCAGUUUACAUUGCAAUGAAGACUGACCCCAGGCCUGAUGCAGCUACUAUAAAAAAUGAUAUGGACAAGCAGAAAUCCACACUGGUAGACGCCCUGUGCAGGAAAGGAUGUGCUCUGGCAGACCACCUUCUUCACAUACAGCCUCAUGAUGGGGCAGCAGCUGGAGAUGCAGAAGGAAAGGAAGAGGAAGGAGAAAGUACCUUGGAGACUCUGUCAGAAACCUUUUGGGAAACUACAAAGUGGACAGAUCUUUUUGACACUAAGGUUUUGACAUUUGCAUACAAGCAUGCAUUAGUAAAUAAGAUGUAUGGGAGAGGCCUUAAGUUUGCAACUAAACUUGUAGAAGAAAAACCAACAAAGGAAAACUGGAAAAAUUGUAUUCAACUGAUGAAAUUACUUGGAUGGACCCAUUGUGCAUCUUUUACUGAAAACUGGCUCCCCAUCAUGUAUCCUCCUGAUUAUUGUGUAUUCUAAAAUAAGAACCAAGACUUUCAAUUUCCAAAAAAAAAAAUUUUAUAGUGAACAAAUGUGUGGCAUUUUUAGUCUAACUAAUGCAUGUUUUCAUCCACUAUCCAAUACUGAUUAUUAAAACUAUGUGUAUUUAUCAGAGAA